AUCGCGAUCGUUUGGUGUUGUGGAUGAUGAGCUUUCACUAGCGGAUUGUUCUGUGUUUGCGGAUUUAAGUUGUCUAUAAAGAUUUAAAUGCUGUUUGCUACUUGUUGCUGAAGAAUUGCAUUGGUCAGUGAUACGCGGGUCGGAUGGUGCAGCUCUAGUGUUGGAUUUAAAAGCUAGUUAAUAAGUGGAUAGACGAUAUGUAAAGGAUAAUGCCGGUUGAAUAACUAUUAGAAGAUAGAUAUGGUUAGAUAUAGGUUUCUCUUCCCUCUCAUUUUUUGGAUUGUGAUUUGUACAAAAUGCGAAGACGUCCAAAAGACAGCGGAAGACAGGACCAUAAGAGAAUUGAAACCUCCGGAUAAGUUAAUAUUACAAAAAUCGGAACCUUAUUUAAUUAAAAAGGAAGAGCCAUCUUUUCUUUCUAAAGUAGCAUCAUGGAUAUUUCCAUUCGGAAAUUCCAAAAAAGAUCAAACCACAGCAGAAGGAGGCUUUGGAAAAUAUCAGUAUUUACCCCCUCCAAAUAACCAAGACGAUAAAGAUUGCACUCCCUGCAAUCUAGAGCCUUGGAUUCCUAUUGCAGGCCAUAGUAAUAUCCGCAAUAAUGUAUACCAUAAUAGUAUUUCUAGUCCUAGUUUAAGUAAUUUUUUACCAAAUGCUCCUUCGGGAUUAUAUGGAGCACCCCAACCGCAAUAUGGUCCACCAAAACCGGAAUAUGGUCCACCAAAACCUGAGUAUGGACCACCAAAACCUGAGUAUGGACCACCAAAACCUGAGUAUGGACCACCAAAACCUGAGUAUGGACCUCCUAAACCGGAAUACGGACCUCCAAAGCAAGAAUAUAGUCCUCCAAAUCCUACAUAUGGAGCCCCACAACCUGUAUAUAUUCCUCCUAAACCAAAUCCCACUUACGAUCUGCCUUUGCCAUCAAUACCACAACAAAAUAAUUACAUUCCACCAGGAGAUAUAUUUAUAGCAGAUUACAUGUUACCUCCUCCUAUUAACUUUAAAAUGCCAUCACUACUUUACAUUCCAUCUAAAAAUGGAUUUAGUUCUCCCCCAAAAAAUAUCUUCAGGCCACCGCCUAAGGAAUUUUAUGGCCAACCUCCCAAAGAUAUAUCUAGGCCUUCCUUUAGUGGUUGGUAUCCUCCUCCACCAAAAGAUAUAUACUCAUCUCCAUUAAAUCCAGGCAGACCGUUUAAUCCCAAACGCGACUAUGGUCCUCCAAAACCCAACUACGGACUGCCUAAACCUAAUUAUAAUUCAGCUCCAGCUCAGUCGUACGGUACCCCAAAUAUUCCUGAGCAAGCUAUACCAAAUGUGCAGUAUGGAGCACCAAAUGAACAGUAUGGCCCACCAAAUACACAGUAUGGACCACCAAGUUCACAGUAUGGACCACCAAAUUCACAGUACGGACCACCAAAUGUUCAGUAUGGUCCACCAAAUUCACAAUAUGGUCCACCUCCUGAAUUUUUAGCUCCGCCAACUCAAACUAGUCAGUCUACAAUUUUGCAGCCAGUCCCGAACAGUUUUUCCACUCAGGAUUCUAUCAGUCAAAGUUUUGUUCCUCCUCAAAGUACAUCUCCAUUUUCUUCAGUGGGAUCAAAAGUGCCUGAUGCGUUUUUAAAUCAACAUAAUGCUCAAAAUUCGUUUAAUCCAAAUAUAGGACCAUCAGCACCACAAAGUACGGGCUUGAGUGAUAAUUUCCCUUCUGGAUUUUCUAACAUACCUCUGGAAUCUGGACGUAUUCCACCACCAUAUCCUUCUGAUAGCUAUGGUAAUCCAGUUACUGGAGAUUCUAUUGAUACUCAUAACAUACCAUUUGACUCAUUACCAGCUCCGAGCGGAGACAGUGAUAAUUCGCAGGCAUACGUAAAUCAACAUUUUCCAAAUUUGAGCCCUAUGCCGGUCCCACCAAGAUAUGAAUUUAGAAAUUUCCACAAAAACCAACAAAAACCUGUAGAUAGUGUUCAAGUGCAACAGAGUGUAAAAGUAGCAGACUUUGUUGCCAGUAUCGAGCACCCUAUUAAAGUAGUACAAUCGCCUCUCAUUGAACUUCAAGUAGUUGAACAACCAAACCAAAAUUAUCCAGAACCAAUAACAUAUAAUCGAAUUGCUAAAACUCAUUAUUCUCCAGGAAAAGAUCAAGGUACAAGUCCUAAUCAUAUUAAACCUUUUAAACUUAGCGAAAAUCCAAUAGUUGUUGAUGACACAAACACUGCUGCUAGUAAUAUUAACAGUACAGUCGCUAGUCCAAAUGGUUUUCAGGUCAAAAGAAAUAACGAUAAAGAUGUAUUUGUGCCCACUCUUAACACGUUUAGUGCUGUUACACCUACGGGUAAAACCGAAAGCAAUGAAGAAUUAAUUAAAAACUUUUUAAUCAACAAUGGAUUAGUCGGAGAUGACAAAAGUAGAAUACAGUAUCAAAAUAGUACAUUUAAGGGACCUACUCUGGAUUAUAAUGACUGGGUGCCUAAAUUCCAGCCUCCAUCAAUUCCCAGUUCGAUGCUACCACCACCUGCUCAUUUUAAACCAACAUGGCCACCACAACCCAGUACGCAAAAACCGAAACAAAUUAUUAUUCCCUAUACAAAUAACAAAAUUGGUAAUCAUCAGAAUGCCUACAGGAACUUCCUUGAAAGCUAUUCAACGUUGGUACCUGUUUAUACACCACCUAUGCCAACAGAGCAGUCUGAUUGGUCCAAAUAUUUAAACGACAUACAAACUACCAAAUUAACCAAAGUUUCUGGAAAGCCGUUCUCUUCAUCCAGUACUGCUGUAUACAAUAUUAAAGAUCUUCUCGGAGCUAACACUAGAAAUCCACAGGAUCCAGUCAAACUUCCAUACGAUGUAAUUUCCUUGCAAAAAAAUAUUGACCACUGGACACACCAGUCAUUUUCUGCGGGAAAAAAUGAAGAGAAAUCUGUGCCUCCAAAACAGAUUCCUGGUGAUUAUUUUACAACAAAAGCUAACAACGACGCCACAACUGCUUCAAAUGAUAUAUUUGACCACCAUUUAGCAGAAUCUUCCAGAAAAGAAACAUUCUCAGCUCAUACGGACAUUGAAAGUAACUUGAUUGUAGCUGCUGAGUCGCCUUUGCCAGAAAGUACCACCGCGGUGGCUACAACUGCGAAGGGACAUUUACUGACUGAUUAUCAAAGAUCUUCGUGGAAAUCAGCCUAUGUUACUGUCUCUCCAUACACCAAAGAAAAAGUUUACGUAGUUACCCCCCAAGCCUACAGCUUUGUAACUGCUAGCCCAGCUAUAUCCUGGAGUAUGGCUCCAAAAGUACAAAACGGCACCAAUAACAACAUCACUCUAGACGCUCGUAAGUUUUCCAUCAGAAUAGAACCACAGAACAAAGAAUCCCGAGAAAAGAUGCAGAAAGACAAAAAGACUAGUGUUAAAGUUGUGUACAGUGAAUGGCCACAUUUGAUUAAUGAUCUUCAACCUACAACAAUCAAACCGACGUCUUCUCAUCCACUUUUUGGUUUGAUGGGUAUUUCGGCAUAUACACCACCAGCUAAUGCUACUGUUGAAACAUUUGUUGGACAUUCUAGGGUAGCGACAGUUGUUACACCCCCUACAAGAGGCUUAUCAGAAAAAGGCUAAUUUUAAGAAACCCAAGUAGAGUGUACAAAUUCUAAACAAGGUUUUAUAGGGCUUUCCAUCGAUUGUCAUUUGUUUCGAGCUCCUGUCAUAUUAUGUUGUAUAAUCUGUUUAUAAUGCGGAUCACGGAUUAUACGACAUAUAACAGAAGCUCGAACUGUGAAUGAAAAGCUCUAUUGAAAGUUAUACCAAAACAUCUGUAGUUCUGUAGCACAUUUUUUACACAAUUUUAGAAUUAAAAAUCUCACUUAAAAAAUUGUGAUGAUAUUAUAAGCCUAUGUUUGCAAAUUGUAAAUGUAAAUAAAGGGUAAUAGGCCAGGGCGCAUCUGUUUUGAGAUGGACGUUGAGAGGUGACUAAAAUUGUUUGGAAGAAAUUGCUUGAAAAUGACUCAAAUAAUAAUAUUUGAGUUAUCCUCCCACUCAAAAUGGUCCGGAACAUUGUUUAAAUAAUCAAACUGUCAAAAUAUGAAGGAAAAAUUAUGAAAAUGUAAAUGUGUAUAAUAAUCAAACUGUCAAAAUAUGAAGGAAAAAUUCGAUUUUUUAUUGGUUUUUUGAUUAUAACUUUAAAACCAAUCAUUUAUGAGAAAAGUUGUACUAACAUAAAAGUUGCGUAAUUAAAUUUCCUACAAUAUAAAAUUGGUUAAGAAUUUAAAAAACAGUCACCCUUGUUGCAAAAUAGCAAUAAUUGCGAAAAAAAAACAUACAAAAACAAGUAUUCGCCUUUUACGUUUUUCAACCAUUUAUGCUACAUUUUGGAGGACCUUCAUAUUUUACCCAGAAAAACUUUACGAUAUAGUAAAACAACAUUGUAAAUUUAAUUUAGAUAGGUUUAAUAGAUUUUGCAAAAUAAAUUUUGCAAUCCAGUUUUCGCAAAAAAAAUUAAUUUGUUUAAAAUGUUGCAGGACUGAAAAUAAAGCAGAUAGCAAGUUGAAUUUUUUUUUUGCUUAUAGAAGUGUACUGUACCUUUCAUUUGCAAGUUGCAAAAAUAAUUACCACGGCGUCAGGAAAUUUUUUAAACAAACAUUAAUUUUUGGUGCUACGCGCAGGACGGCGGUGUUCGAUUCGCACAAGUUGAUUUCCACCAAAAUAUCUUCCAAUCUUUAUCUAAUAUAUUAUUUUCUUACUCUAUAUUUUGUUGUAUUUUAAUAUUUUAAUUCCACAAAAAUAGAACUAAUUUUAUUAUUUUUUGUGAAAUAUUGUUUAAACAAUUGCAUAUGUUUAAAAAUAAUAAACUUUUAUUCUCUAAGUUAAAAUAUAUGAACAAAGAAAGUUUUUGCUUAAAAACAGUGUUAUUUCAAAGGAUAGAGUAUGCGUUUUUAUUUUGCAAUAAACAAAUUUAUUUAUUUAUAUCGAAAUGUAAUAAAAAUUAAAAUGUAUCAAUCAUUAUCAAAGAUCAUUGGAAUGUCCAAUCAGAGCAAACUAUCCGCUGUCCUGCGCGUAGCACCAAUAAUUAAUGUUUAUUUAAAAAAAUUCCUGACGCCGUGGUAGUUCAUCGAUUUUAGUUUUGCAAAUCGCAUAUAAAAGGUACUUCUAUCAAAUCGCACUUCUAUAAGAAAAAAAAUCAACUUGCUAUCUGCUUUAUUUUCAGUCCUGUAACAUUUUGAAAAAAUAAAUUUGCAAAAUUGCAAAAUUUAUUUUGCAAAAUCUGUUAAACCGAUCUUAGUGAAAUUUACAGUAUUGUUUAACUGUAUCAUAAAGUUUUUCUGGGUGAAAUAUAAAGGUCCUAAGUGUAGUAUAAAUGGUUGAAAAACGUAAAAUGCGAAUACUUAUUUUUGUAUGAUUUUUUCGCAAUUAUUGCUAUUUUGCAACAAGGGUGACUAUUUUCUAAAUUUUUAACCAAUUGUAUAUUGUAGAAAAUUUAAUUACACAACUUUUAUGUCAGUACAGCUUUUCUCGGAAAUGAAUAAUAUUAAAGUUAUAAUCAAAAAACCAAGAAAAAAUCGAAUUUUUCCUUCAUUAUUUGACAUUUUGAUUAUUUAAACAAUGUUCCGGACCUUUUUGAGAGGGAAGAUAACUCAAAUAUUAUUAUUUAAAUUAUUUUUAAGCAAUUUGUGCAAAAAGUUUGAGUCGCCUCUCAACGUCCAAAUGUACUAAUAUUUUUACAGAUGCGCCCUGGUCUAUAAUUUUCUCAAAGAAAUGUGAUUUUUCACAUGGUUAUUAUGUCAUGUUGUUGUGCUAGAUCAUAUUAUACGUUUCAUGCUCAUCAUGUAAUGGCAUUGUAUUUAUGUUUUCUGGGAUGAGUCAUCAAACAUAUCUGGAAUGAGUUAAAAUGACAUAUUUUAAGUCAUACACCAGCUCCUACUACUAUCCAGUAGCUGUGAGCUUAUUUAAUUGAAUAUCCAGAAGUAUAGAAUCUUUUUCCAUAACUCGGUUAUAUUACUUACUUUCUUCUACUUACAGUGCCUUGUCCUUCCAGAACAUUGGCAUCAUUUCCAACAGACUUUUGCGACAAAAGCCUUAUCCCAUCCAACUGUGGGUAGUUGAAUCAACCUGACAGAAUCUGCUAUUCAUACUUUCUGCCAGUUAUAUUUCGUUCAUGUACCCCUUGAGGCGACAGUGUUGUUAGGAGACAUACGAUGAUUCUCAGAUCAUAUCUAGUAGAUCUUUGGAUUUCUUUUUCAAUGCCUUCGAUUGUUUGAGAUCCAUUUGUUCGUACCAGAUGUAGGUACGUUUAAGUGUUUCUUUUGUCUCCCAUGGCAAGUACAUCCGCUCCUUCGUUCCUUUCAAUAUCAGUAUGUCUAAGCAUCCAGAAUAACCCCACUUUGUUGCUGUUUCCGAUUCCAAUUAGAUUUUGAAGAGAGUACCAAACUAACUUGGAGCCACUCCGAUUUGAUUCCAGUGGCUAUAAUCCCUCUAUCUCUUGUCGUUUCCCCAUUACUGAGGAUCGUGAUUUCUUCCAAUAUUCCUAACAAUGUUUCUCCAUUGGUCUCUAUCUUCAGCUGCUCUAAGAGCUUCGCAGAAUGAGUUUCCAGCUGAAUGCUUUAUUUGGUCAGACCAUUUAGUUGGUGAACGUCCUCUUAAUCGUCUCCCCGGAACGUUUCCAGAAACAAUUAUUAAAUCUCUCCAAACCUCUGCGAACCACGCGACCAAAGAUUUGCAGACAUAUUGUAGACAGCCUUUUUUUAAUAUUGAGUUGGUUUAGAAUGGAAAUGUUUGUCCCAUGAGCUGCCCCAGGUAUGCGCAGCAUUUUUCUCCAGUACCACAUCUCAAAGGCAUCAAUUUUUUGGCGCUCGCACGCGCGAAGAAUCCAAGUCUCUGCUCCGUAUAGAAAUAUUGAAAAUAUAAGGGCAUUCACCAGUCUCAUCUUGAUAUUUUGAGAGAUAUAUCUGUCUUUCCAAACUUUAGUUAGGCGACUCAUCGCAUUUUUUGCCAUACCAAUACGUCUCCGAACUUCUGCUGCACAGUUACCAUCGUUAGUUAUACUAGACCCGAAAUAGACAAAGGUGUUUACUAUCUGGUAUUCCUGUAACAUGUUAGUCAGUUGAAUAGUGUCAAAUCUGUCGACCACCAUUAUUUUUAUCUUAGCUUUAUUGAUUUUCAGACCAACUUUAUUGCUUUCUUACUCAACUCUUCGCAGAAGAUCAAACAUUUCUUGCUCAUUGGCUGCUAUACGUGUAGUGUCAUAAGCAAAUCUUAAAUUGGAGAUUUUCCUACCAGCUACUGUUACUCCACCGGCCCAUCCUUCUAAAACCAUCCUCAUCAUAUGUUCACCAUAAAUGUUAAAUAAGUCAGGUGACAACACGCAUCCUUGUCUAACACCUGUCUCGGUCUUGAAUUGGUUUGAGAACUUCUUAUCUAGUCGUUCCGUCGCUAUAUUUACAGGUUUUUAAUAAGUGGCUCCAGGUGCAUUGGUGCGCCCAUUUCUAUUAAAAUUGACCACUGAUUUAUCCAGCUUACACAAUCAAAUGCCUUUUGGUAGUCAACGAAGCAUAUAAUCAUAGGUACUUGAAAUUCUCUAGACUUUUCAAUGAGUUGUCUCAGGUUCAGGAUUUGUUCCCUUGUACCUUCACCCUUUACAAACCCUGCUUGUUCCUGUGGUAUUUGGUAAUGUAGAUAGGUUUUUAAUCUGUUUUUGAUGAUAAGCAACAAGAUUUUACUAGCAUGUGUUAUUAGUGACAGUGUGCGGUAGUUUUCACAUCUGGUAGUAGUUCCUUUUUUGUGUAGUGGGAUAUAAAUUGAGGUAGGUACACCAAUCAGAUAACCAUUUUCCUGAAUUCCAAACAGUGAUUAUUUCCUAUAAUCCCACCUAGCUUAAAUAUAAUUGUUACAUAUCUAUCCCUGCAUUUGCUCUAUAUUUGCUCUCUUAGUUCCUACAGGCACACCUCUAUAGCAUAAAUUUCUAGUUAGAAUAUAGUAGAGCGAUUACCUAGUCUUUCACUAAGGCUUAGCCUUGGUUUUCCUCGGUAUAAAUCAGCUCCAACUCCUUAAUCGGUUUUAGAGCCAUCUGUAUACCAGUAUUUAUUCGACUUCUGUUCGUCCCUUCUUGGAAAGACGACGGUAUCGAAUGAGAGUCGGAUAAAACGAAUCUCGUAUUGGCAGAUAAUGGCAGUUAGUUUGAUAUAAAGUUCUUGACAUCAAUUUUAGGUUCUUGAUGUGAUGCAACUAAUUUUUUAACGUCAACUCCUUUAUCACGAGACUAAAAAUAGUAGCAAAUAUGUCUUUUUCACAGUAUGUUACUUUAUUUAGACCUAUCUAGACACAACUAGGUCAUGUAAUAAGAAAAAUCUUCAUUUCCAAUUAUAAGCAUAAGUUAGCAUAAAAAAAUGUGGCACAGAAUAGUUUAUUUAAAGACUGUAAAAUAUACUUACCUGGAUUACUUUUCAAUAAGUUCACCCCAAGUGUAUUUGUAUUUGUUGCAGCAUCCAAAGAGGUGUAAAUACUUUGAUAAAUAAUAAUCUGCGAUGAAUAUUUAUUAAAACAAUAUAAUAUUA